AUGAUUGUUACUACUCCCGGUGUCCGGCUCAAUACAGUUUCUACUACUACCACGACAACUCAAGAUCCUUUCUUGGUGACCGACGAACAAUCGGUCAUGUCAGAUGAACUGUUAACACCAUUUUUGGACUUACGCAACAUAACAUUUGACCUUAGCCACUCAGAGUUUAACAUUUUCAACAACCACAACUGGCAGAUUUGCAUUGUUUUUAUCUACAUCCUGGUCAUUGCGAUCAGUCUAGCUGGCAAUGUGCUUGUUAUCCAUAUCAUUUUCCGAAACAAGCAUCUGCACAAUGUCACCAACAUCUUUGUUGUAACCCUAGCGAUAUCAGACAUCGUUCUGUGCGUCUUUUAUCUUCCUUUCCAGUUACACUACCAGCUGACUGAUAACUGGUUUUUUGGCAGGUGGUUAUGCCAUGUGAUCAUGCCGACGUUUGCUGUUCCCGUGCAUAUUUCUACCCUGUCUAUUUUGGUCAUUGCUGUCAAUCGCUACAUUCUCCUCCUGCCCCCAUUUAAGCAACGCAUCACCCCACAUUGUGCUUUUAUUCUUCUUAUAAUUAUUUCUCUUUUGUCAUUUGCACUUUCUGUUCCAUUAAUCUUCUUUGCAAAACUCUAUGCAAUUCCUGACAAUUCCUUAAACAUGCACUUUGUUUACUGUGGCGAGGCGUGGCCAUCGAUACCUCUACGCAGGGCAUACAGAGCCUGUGUCUUUCUCUUUCAGUUCUGCCUCCCACUGCUAAUCACAGUCUUUCUCUAUUUUCGAAUAUAUUUCAUUCUUAAACGGCGUUCGUUUAAGAAACUACAGAAUAGUCAUCGCCAUCGGACAAAUAAAGCGCUUAUGACCAUUGUUCUGUUAUUUACAAUCUGCUGGUUACCAUGGAACAUUUUUGUUCUGCUUGACGAGUUUGAUUACGAAGUUGUACGUGGCAAGUUCUUCAAGCUUACCGACCUUCUGCUAAAAAUACUGGCCAUAAGCUCUGCUUGCAUCAACCCAAUAUUGUAUGCUUGGCUUAACGACAACUUUCAGAAAGAGCUUGAUCAUAUUGUUGGAAAUUCUUCUUCUAAAGAUGAAGACUGCCUCCCAACAAAAGAGGGUCAUACUCUGCUUCAGCCAAGUCCGUCUGCUACGCAAGCAAGCAGCACCUACAGCGAAAAUUCUACAACUAAUUUCUGUUGA